AAUCGCCGUGUUAUUUCCCCCAAGAUGGCGGCUCGUGGAGUGUAGAGUGCUUCCAGCUCCUGGAGGAAGAGGCUGGGAUUCCCGUGGCCCCUGUGGGUGUAUUCGGUAAGGCCAGGGCUCCAUGGUGAGGCGGAGAGCUCCAGACUGCGCUGUAACCAUUUAGGAACGGAUUUAAUUCCAACUUGUAUUGGCUUUCAUUGGACAGGUUUAAGCAUGGUAAUGGCAGGCUCUAUUGUAAAGGCGCAGGGGCCCCCCUGGACACAGGCCCGCGGGGGGGGGCCCAGGCCCAGAGGGGGGCAGGGGGACACAGGCCCAGAGGGGGGCAGGGGGACACAGGCCCAGAGAGGGGCAGGGGGGUCACCCCUGGACACCAUAGAGCAGUGGUGGGCACCCUUUGGCAUUCUAGAUGGUUUGGACUAUAUUUCCCAUAAUGCUGUUACAGUGAGAUGUAGUCCACAACAUCUGGAGUGCUAAAGGUUGCCUACGUUUGCCAUAGAGUAUUCUGGGAGGUCCCUGCUCAAUGCCAUGGAGUGGUCUCAGGGUUACCUUAGCAAUGAGUUGUUUUGGAGGUCCUUGCUCAAAGAUGCAGAAAUCUCGCAGCAUAGUCUUAACGGUUCCUGUACAAUAUCGAGGAAUGGUCUCAUUGUAUGUGUAACUCUACCCAAAAAAAGUGCGGACCGAUAAUGCUGUCUGAUAAAACUUGAUCAAUAAUGUUUUGUGUUCUGUAUUCCCAAAUCAGAGUUUAUUUGCAAGUGAAAUAGAACCGGAAGAAAUACUGCUUCUAUGAAGGAGAAUAAAGAAAAUUCAAGCCCAUCUGGGCAGUCUGGUGGUUCAGAUGACUCAAAGCCUUGCUGGUAUUGGGACAAGAAAGACCUGGCUCAUACCCCGUCACAGGUGGAAGGUCUUGACCCUGCUACUGAAGCAAGAUACCGCAGAGAAGGUGCUAGGUUCAUAUUUGAUGUUGGAACUCGACUUGGCCUGUAUCCUUUUCCAGUUUAUUUUGAGAAGUUUGAUACAAACAGAGGGUCCCCAUGCUGCUCACAAAUCAGCCGCUUUGUCUGCUUAUUGCUAAUUUAAAUGCUUUCAGUUGAUGUUGCUGGUGCAGAAGUGUAACAUCUGGAUUACUGAUCUGCUGAACAAGGAAUUGGUAUAGGGGACCCUCAGAUUGUGUAAAGCCACUUAAAAACAUUUUGACAGUGCAGAAGGAUGUUGUCAUUGCAAUGCUGACAGUUUGGUGGACUAUAGUGGUGCCUAAAAGGUUACUCCAACCGAAAAUGCUUUAGAAAAGCAGGAAGACUUGCUGUCUGAUGUUAGAUGCCAAAUUUGCACAAGAUAAAUAUUAGACACCCAAGUGCGUUUGCACCUCCAACUGCAUAGUGGUUAAUCUCCAUAUGUGCAGAGUUUCAUAGUAAAAAGUGUCUCAUGAAGCUAUCUCUGCAGAAUGGUCCAUUGCUUUCAUGGUGUCAUAAAUUACUCGUUGCUCAUAUCUUUUGUACAGUUUGAAGAGCUCUUAAAUAAAUAACUUUAGGGUUUGUUUUGUUUUUGUACAAAAGUUUCUGUGAAUUCGGUGAAACCAUACUGUACGGGGCCUUUCGGAAUGCAAAAUUCAAACAUUUAAAGGACCACUCUAGGCACCCAGACCACUUCAGCUUAAUGAAGUGGUCUGGGUGCCAGGUCCAGCUAGGGUUAACCAAUUUUUUUAUAAACAUAGCAGUUUCUCUGAAACUGCAAUGUUUAUAAAUGGGUUAAUCCAGCCCUCAAAUCCUCUAGCGGCUGUCUCAUUGACAACUGCUAGAGGCGCUUGCGUGAUUCUCACUGAAAAUCACAGUGAGAACACGCAAGCGUCCAUAGGAAAGCAUUGUAAAUGCUUUCCUAUGAGACCGGCUGAAUGCGCGCGCGCAGCCAGCCGAAUGGGAGGAGGAUCGGAGGCGGAGAGCUCCCCGCCCGGCGCUGGAGAAAGGUAAGUUUUAACCCCUUUCCUCUCCCCAGAGCCGGGCAGUUGGGGGACCCUGAGUGUGUUUUCCUGGCACUAUAGUGGUCCUUUAAUGUAUGUAUGUGUCCUGAAAUUGGUACCUGAAUGCUUAAAAUAUGGGCCAAGUUUUAAAAAUCCAAACUAUUAGACUAUAUAAACUAGUAGACAGUGGGCAAAUUUGAAACCAAAAAAACCUUAUCACGUUAAUUGUAGCAAUGGAUGUAAAAUAACUAGUCCCUUGUGCCUCAGUCUGUUGGCAUUGGGUGGGUGACUUUACAUGAACUAUUUAGGGGGAGGGGAGAUCAAUGCCCACCCCAUUCCCACAUAAAUGAAGUGGGGGUAAGUGCUACUUAUUAAACAGGAGUGGGGAGACAGUGUCCCUCUCUACUUAUAGGUAGUGAGUGAGGGUUCUAAUUAAAAUACAAUACAUAAUAUCCCACCGACACUGAUGUUUGUGAGUGCACUAUUUUGUGUACUUUGCCUUUUAUUUUUAAGUGCUCUUUCAGGAUUGGCUGCAUCUGUCUCUUUCUAAAUAUCUGUCAACCAUUAUGCUUCCUGAGAAUCUUGGGAUGCAUAGUCCUUCAGAGUUCACGUGGCAACAAUUGACCAUCACUAAUAUUUUAUUUAAAUUUCGAUUACAAUGCUGCACAGUCGGCAUAUAGGCCACUAUGUUCACCCAUAUGAAAAUAACAUAACUAUGUUCUUUAACCGAUUUAACAGACAUUAUGACACUCUUGCUACAGGGAUCAUAUAUUUUCAUCGAUUCUACAUGUUUCAUUCUUUCAAACAAUUUGCUAGAUAUGUAAGUAUAGUUUCAAGUUUAAAUUAUUCUUUGUACUUUUUCAUAAUGAAUAUAAUAUGCACAUAUACUUGUAGAAAAAAAAAUUGACUGCACUGCUAAGGUAAAUAUUAAUGGAAGACUUGAUGCACCAUAACCAAUGCAGCUCACUGUAGAGGUUAUGGUGCCAGCCAAGGACAAAGUGGUUUACUGUAGUUGCUUUUUACUCUGCAGCUUACCCUAUUAUUAGGUCAUUUUAUGGUGUGUAUUGCUAGUUUUGGUUAAAAUGUGAUAUAUAUUUUGUUUUUUGUAUCUCUUACUAAAGCGUGCUAGAAUUCUUAGCAAGCAGGGCAUUGUGAGAACUCACUCAGAAUUGUCAGAAUUGUUAUGUAAUUUAUUUAUUUAUUUUCUCCUCUUGUGCUUAUAACUUGGAGGUUAUGAAUGACUGACUAAAAACGUGAACUUUCUAAAUAAUAUUUCACAGCUACUAAUAUCGCUACGUUACUGCUGCAUACUUGGUCUGGCACACUUAAAGUUAAAGGGUUACACAGUAACUCCCUAACUUGUUCUUCUAUUACUUAGUGGCACAGUUGACACAAAUUGCUAUGUGGCACUCACCCGCGGACGAAAGAACGUGGGUAGAAAUGGGUACUGAUGGGUGCAGAUUUACCCCAAUUUACAAUUUGGGUCCCAAAAGAAGAUAGACCUAUGGUACGCGCCACCUGCCCGACAAUUUAGAACUCUUUUUUUGAUUAUGGGAUUCAUGUGGGCUAAAAUAUGGCCUAGUGUCGCCUCCCCUCCCCUCCCCCCUCAUGCCAUACCUACGUAACAGAGCGUUCAGUCCCGGAGUGACAGCCAGGGAUUUCAGGAAUUUAGAAAGGGCUGGGCUUCAGAGGAUACACCACUUAUACCAGGGGACCGAACUUAUAGCCUUCGAAGAGCUCAAAUAAGGACGACACCUUACUCCAGCAGAUUUCUUUAGGUACCUCCAGGUUUGGAAUUUUGCUAAGCAACCCCGUAUAAAAGAGGCAGCUAUGAGAACAAUGACGUUCUUUGAAAGAAUAUGCAUUUCAGACGACAAACCUACGUGUCUUAUAACACUGCUUUAUGACCACCUAUGUUCAGAGACAGUGGAAUUGGCUUGACUUACAUUGAACAAUGCGAAUGAGACCUGGGGGAGGUAUUGGAGGGAGUGGCAAGAGAUAUGGGAAGCAAGUAACACGUCCUCCGUAUGUGUCACCCUGCAGGAACAAUCGUUUAAGACUAUGUUCCGCUGGUACACUACCCCAGUAAAACUCUAUAGGAUGUGCAAAUCUACCACCGAUGUCUGCUGGAGGGGAUUUGGAGCCAAGGGGACAUAUAUCCAUAUGUGGUGGGAGUGCCCACAGGUCAUACCAUUCUGGAGGGCUGUUGAAAACCUAUUGAACCAUGGGUAUAUCUACUGAAUAGGUCCAUCGAUGGUUGGAGCCGAAGGGAACAAACAUUGAUAUACAAAAUUACAUUAGCUGCAAGACGGGCUAUAGCAUACACAUGGCUAAAACCAGAUCUGCCCCAUAUAGCGAGCGUGAUAGCUAGAAUCAAAGAAAUUGACUUGAUGGAUGACCUAACGGCCAAGGUGAGGGAAAUACUAAGACAUUUCAAAAACUCAGAGCAAUGGGACAGCAGCCCUCUGGGCUCCUAGAGAACAUGGUCUCCCUCCAGGUCCCUCUCGUUCCUCUGUGCACCCAGCCUCUUCGUCCCGUCCCUCCCCGAGCAUCCUUUCAAAACUUUAUUCCUCUCCUUUCUUCUCUACCCUUCUCAGGCCCUCUUCUACAGGGCACAAGCUCAGAUUUAAGCAAUCGUACUCGCAGCUCAUGUAACAGUGUGCAUUAUCUACUUUUUUUUUUUCCUUAAGUGAAUGUAUUUAUUGCAUGUCCAUGCAUGCAGAAAUGCAUGGACAUGCAAUAAAUAUUCACUUAAGGAAAAAAAAUAAGUAGAUAAUGUACAAAAAACACUGUCUGGUUUCUUGGUCAUGUGUCUUAGUAAAGGGAGCUGAAAUGUUUUUUUAAAUGUGUUUUCCUGGCACUAUAGUGGUCCUUUAAUGUAUGUAUGUGUCCUGAAAUUGGUACCUGAAUGCUUAAAAUAUGGGCCAAGUUUUAAAAAUCCAAACUAUUUGCACCACUAGUAGACAGUGGGCAAAUUUGAAACCAAAAAAACCUUAUCACGUUAAUUGUAGCAAUGGAUGUAAAAUAACUAGUCCCUUGUGCCUCAGUCUGUUGGCAUUGGGUGGGUGACUUUACAUGAACUAUUUGGGGGUAGGGGAGAUCAUUGCCCACCCCAUUCCCACAUAAAUGAAGUGGGGGUAAGUGCUACUUAUUAAAUGGGAGUGGGGGGACAGUGUCCCUCUCUACUUGUAGUGAGUGAGGGUUCUAAUUAAAAUGCACACUGUGCCGUGUAAUGCUCAUUUACGCUAAUACUUGGAUAAAUGUCGCUGUCUUACUAUGAUGCUGCAAUCUAUGUGAAAAGAUUCAAACAUACUUUGUCUAGCAUUCAUUUAUGUCCACACGUCAUAAAGGCAUUUUCAAUAGGCAAAGACUGAGUGUUAGUAUUGUACAAUAGCGUGGUAUAAGCAUGCUAGUGUUAUUUGUGGUAACGUACGCUCUCUGCACAAUAUAACUGGAAAAUGACAAGUACAGUACAAGACCCCAGCGAGAUUAAGAGAAACGUUAAAAGUAGACCAAUGUCGUUUAGUAUACAUCGAUGUUAAAAAUAGUUCAUCUAGCUCAUGCCACGACAGUAUACCUAUAUUAUGAUGUGAUAUAUGAUUUGCCUGAUACAAAUGUUUUAUUGCCUGUAUUAUCAUUGUGGUGGUAGUAGUGCCUUCGCUGGUUGCAUCAUAAGGUUUAAGUAGUCAUAAAAAAAAAUGGCCCUAUCAGCACGUAAAGCCUAGACUGUCUGCAGCUGUUCAGCGAACAAAGAAUUCAGCGUUAGUCUGAGGAUCUUUGCACUUUACCACACAAAUGAGCUAAUCUAGUGAAUGAACAUGCUUUUUAACAAGGUUUUUCUUUUCUUUUUUUCGGAUUCAUUUUUAGUAUUCUUCCUAUCAAUAAUCCUCCAACUCAAAGGGCAUGUUUACAACCCUGCAAAUAGUUGACCCUUGUUAGAAUAUGAGAGCUGCCAACGGUCAGCUGGUUAAAAGUCGAUUAAAAGUAGCAGUCUAUUUUAGCAAGAAAGAAAAAAAGUUGAAUGCUGUUCUAAAAUGUCAAUGUGUUUUUUAGGUUACAGGUGCUUGUUGCCUUUUCUUGGCUGGUAAAGUGGAAGAAACUCCAAAGAAAUGCAAAGAUAUUAUAAAGACUGCCCGAAGCUUAUUGAAUGAUGUACAGUUUGGUCAAUUUGGAGAUGAUCCAAAGGUAACAGUUGAAAUCAUGGUAUGAUCUAUAAUUUAUUCAAAAAUAAAAAUUUCGGCUAUUCAAAGUGCAUGUUUUGAUUCCCGAGUAGACUUUGUGUCUCAACACUACCUAACAGAAGUUAGUUAUACGUCUGUCCCAGAUAUUCUACAUCUUACCAUAGGACAAGGCUCAUAAUUUGUAAUCUUUAAAAUGUAUUUUGUUUAUUUGCAAAAGUAUAGUGGAAACUGGGUGCCCUUUGCCUUCGCAAGUGAUAUUUGCAUGUUGGCUCAGUCACAUUCUGUCCCAUGUAUUAUACCACGUUUGCGUGCUCACACUACUGCUGCCAAUACAGUGCCAGAUGGAGAGGGUAAUUUGAUUAUGGUGGUAUUAGGCUGUGUGGGCCAUCCCCUGGUUCUUGGCUCCCAUGGUAUAUACAGGAACACUAUAGGCACUCAGAUUACUUCAGCUCAUUGAAGUGGUUUGGGUACAAUGUCCCUGUCCCCUUAACCCUGCAAUUGUAAAUUUUUUAUUUCUGUGAAAUAUGAGGAUGUCAAGCAAAACCCCACAGGAAAGCUAUGCAGCAUUGGUGCCGCCCCAGAACCGAGUGACCUUGCCACUGGGAUCGGGUAAGUACGGAAAGGCUAUUUUAACCUUGACAGCUGGGGGCUAUAGAACUAGGAAAACAGAUUUGUAUUCCUAGCACUACAGUAUCACUUUAAACAGACUUUAUGUUCCUUUUGGCCUACUCCCAAGAAACUUUUUGAAGAUUAUUAUUGACUAAUAUACGGAGGGAGUAACAAUAUUAAAAACUAUAGUGUUAUUGUGGUGGCAAAUAAAAUUCAUGUCUAGCCAGUAGCUUUGGUUCUAAUAUUGUCAGCCAAGAAUAUAGUGCAGACUAGGGUAUAAUUCUAUUUACUCUGAGAUCAGCCAUACCAAACGACAGGGGAUCUGUCACCUUACAGGCAACUAAUCUUGGCAGCAUAAAAUAUUUUUCAUUCUUUAAUCCUUGCCUUUUGAAAGUAAUAUGUCCUAGCAGCCUUAGAGAAAGCAGUAGGAAGAAGGGGAAGUGAUGAAAUAGGGACACAAUUGGAAAUAUGAUCUCUAGAUAAGUAAAAUGUGUUUGGUUUUUUUUGGUUUUUUUGAAGGAUUAAUUCAAUCUUUCAUAAGCACUAUAGCCCGUUAUAGUGAUUAUGAUUCCAGGAGUGCCCUGGUUCCUCAGUAUUGAACGGUUUGCCCACUUUGGUCCCCGGUAGGCUUUGAUGCUUAUGGUGCUUCGAGUAACCCUUUAACUGCAAUAAAAGGGUCAAACAGAAAAAGCUGUAGAGUUGUGCUACAUGAGCUUCACUGGCGAAACGUGCACGUCAGGGGCUCUGGACACAUACUGACACAUUAUUGGUGUCGGCACCUAACUCUCUGCUUAUCAAUUGCUAAAUUACCAAAAUCAAGUUCAUUCAUGUCCAGCAUCUCAGGAGUGCAUAUUGGAGACUCUUAACACUAAUUUUGUGUACUCUGUACAUUCUUUAUUUCUCUUUCUUUUUCCUUUAUUACAUUUAUGGGGGGAGAUUGAUAAGACCAGGCAUUUUUAUUAAGGGGUGCCCUCGAAGGCAUAAGAUUCAGGAAUCUUUAUUCUAUACGCCUUCCUCUGUCACUGUAUAUUUUCUGCUACCUAGGCAACCUGUUCAAAACUGUUUGUAAACCCUCUUUUUAUACUUUGACCUAUUAUUUAGAUGCAGCUAGCACUUAGGCAACUUGUGUGACUUUUAACCGAUUAACUGCUGCUUGUCAGCAGUCCUUCACAGCUGAGCUACUACUUUGUGCUCCGCUGUGGUCAAGCAUAAGAUAACCUCAUUCAGUGUAGGCAGCCGUUGUUACACGAGAAUAUACUACUAGGUAUCUUGCAGAAAAAACAGAGCCAGUUCAGCAACCCCUUAUUUUACACUUUACUGCUUGACAGCAACCUUUAAUUUAUUAUCCAUACGCUGCUAUGAUCUAGGCAACUUUUGUGAUAUUUAACUGGCUAAUCGCCGUCUGUCAGAAAUCUCUCAGCUGAACCAUUACCUUUGAUCUUUUUGAGGUUAAGCACCAUAGAACAUUAUCAAUUGUUGUAUGUGGAGCUAACCCAUGUUGUUAGUUGUACUAUCAUGUAGGGAUUUACUUCUCCAUAUAACUUAACUAUUGACAGCACUGGUUUAACAGUCGUCUUAUCUCCCACCUCUUGUUACAGCUAUUAGUGAUAUAUAAUACAGUAUCACUUCUAUUACUUGGAAAUACUGAUGUUAUAUUGUAGCAAACUGUAUUGCUUCAGCAUUAGUGCUAUUACAGCUUAUAUAAGUAGUCACAGAGUUUUACUCGCUGUAUAGUCUCCAUCCACUCCUGCUGUUCAUAUUUUUCAUUUUUAUUUUAGAUUUAUUUAUUAAGUUACUUUUUAAGACUAUAAUCUUCUCAGCAAAUCAUACACAGAAUGGCAUUUUUUUUUUCUUUUUUGUAUGUUCUCUAUGUGCUUCAACUAGCACUCACACCCUAUUAUUGCACUUGUAGGCUAAAUGUUUGUCUGAAUAAUGACACAUUUAAACAUUGUUCUGGUGUGUUUUUGUAGUGAUUAUGGUGCUUGGUGUUCCUUUUUAUUAAUUUGAAUAUAUAUUUUUACAUGCUCUCCCUGUUAUUUCAACAGGCAAAUCAUGUUUUUAACAAAUGGUGAGGUUGCCUGUGCUGCUAUUCCUAGCAUUGAACAGGGUAAUAAGGCACAAUUUGUGCAGUACUGGGAGCACCGUUUAGUUCAGAGGAAAGUGUGCUUCCCAUUUACCAUUAUAUGCAUGUUAUGCCUGGUUAAGAAAGAUAUGAGAGAGAGAGAUACACUGGCAGGAGUCCAGCAGUUUCUGAAUUCCUGAGAGUUUAUGGGCUUUAAACAAACUCUGGCACUUUAUUAUCAAAGUUAGUUUAAAAGAUAAUGUUAAAAAAACUUGCCCGAUCUACUUCCCUUCUCCCACAGUACAGCACAUAGACGCAGGGGGAAGGAGGAGCACUGGCUGUUGCCAUAGCAUCCAGGAUCUGUUACUAGUACAUGUGCAAUCUAAGUGCCAGUCUGUAUGAUGGUGUCAGCAACUGAAAUGACAGGAAACCAUCUCUGGCAUUCCGGAUGUUUGAGGAGAAGAUUUGAAUUAACAUUGCAUUAAAAUAAAUAAUAAAGAGUCCUAUGAUGCAUACCGACGAAAUGUGUAUUAGGCGGUCUGUAAACCUUUUAUAAACAACUAGACUUUCUAUUCUAACUACAGAAGCCCAGGGAACAAACUUUCCUAAACACUGCAGUAAUGGUUGUACAAGCAGCUUGCACAGAGGUAAACUGCAUGUCCCUUUGCUGUCACAAUACCUAGUAGCAACUUCCUCAGCAUUGUCAUAAAGCCGAAUUGGGAGAGAAAUUAGCAAAUUAACACACCUUUUAAGCGCAUUGUCACUUUUCAGGUUUCUCUUUUAAAUUAACCCAUUUUUGUCCCUCUGAUCAGUGAUUUGAAGUGGUCAUAGUGCUUGGAGUCUGUAUGUAGAGCAUUUUUCUAUGAAACGAUGCCCAUACAGAGUUCAAUCCCUUUGUUGCCGACGUGUAGCUCCACCUCCGGCAGCGAAGUGGUGCUGUUAUGCUUGGAGUCAGCUGUUAAGCAAAGUUCUAUUUCAACUGCCAAAGUAACUUACCACAAUCCAUUGGUCAAAAGCACCCCAUGUAAGGGCAAACUGCAGCUAUCCUGAACAGAGGACGACAAAAUGGAGGUGCACUGAUACAGUGUAAGGAAGAAAAAUAUAAAUGGAGAUACAAGGGGCCUAUGGAAAUGAGAACCAAAAGAAUAGGAAAAGGCAGUUCCUCUUUAAAAGAACUCUAGACACACAGUGCUUUGUGUGUCUGGAGUCUGUCAUAUUUGUGACAGUUUAUCAAAGUUUCAGUAGAAAUCACCCCUUUUCUAGAACUUUUGUUAAAAACACCUUCUCCGUUGUCAGACAGCCAGGGAGGAUUUAUUUCGCUCUCAUUAGCUGCACGAAUAUAACAGAAGCGUCUGUCCCACUAGUCUAGUGCACACUUGCCUUCCCCCUUCUCAAUAAACUGUACUACACCUCAUUGAGAAGCAUUGGAAAUCUGUCUGCACACAGCUCCAACACAGGCUUCUCAAGACUUCCCAAAGAAUGAGGAAAGGCUGCAAAAAAAAAAAAAAAAAUACAUGCAUGGUUACUUUGGGGGACAUUGCUACAUCACAAAAUGUUUUGUUUUGUUUUUUAAGCAAAAGAGGCAUGGUCUUGUCUCUCCAUUAAGCCCUAUUAUAAUCCAAAUAUAUUAUUUAAUCCUUAUGUCCUCCAGGAAGAAGUCAUGGUCCUAGAGAGGAUUCUUCUUCAGACAAUCAAAUUUGACUUGCAGGUGGAGCACCCCUACCAGUUCCUCCUGAGAUAUGCUAAGCAGCUGAAAGGUGGGUGCACCAACUGGACUGUAAAUAUACACAUUUGUUGUAUUGUACACCACUUAGCAAUCUUAACUUUGUUAAUCUUUUCCAGGUGACAAGAACAAAAUACAGAAGUUGGUGCAAAUGGCGUGGACCUUUGUUAAUGACAGGUUAGUUUAAUAUAAAAUAAGGCUGUGUGCUGGACCCUGGAGGAAUAAUUCUAGGAAUAGAAUGCGCUUAACUCCAGAAGAACCAACAUUAGCGCCAAAUGCAAGCAUAGUGUUGCCAUGGGUUCAUACAACUGUAAUUUCCCUCUUACUUGUCAAGCCUUUUCUUUCAUCCCUCUAUUGUCAAGAUUACCCUGUUAUUAUUCCCAAACUAUGGCCCCCUAUAGCUGUCUGUGGAUCUGCCAGCAGGGGAACUGUCUGAAAUGUGUGUGUAUUUCUACAUGUAUGCUUAAGUAAUAUUUUAACAUAAUUAUGUGAUUUCAUUAAUUUAAAAUUUGAUUGACGUGCCUGACAACCCAGGCAGCAAGUGCACAGAAUUUAAAUUCGCACGAGCUAUAUUUAACCCUGUAACUUUCCAAGACUCCAUAAAACCUGUAAAUGCGGGGUACUGUUUUACUCGGGAGACUUCUCUGAACACAAAUAUUAGUGUUUCAAAAUGACAAAUUGUAUUACAACUAUGAUAUAUUUAGUAAAAGUGACUAUUUCUGCAUUUUUCACACACCCGAACAGCACUUUUACGGACGAUAAUAUUGUAAUGUUUUACUGUUUUUGGUUUGUGCUCAGUGAAGUCUGCAAAGUAUAACAGUACCCCCUAUGUACAGGUUUUAUGGUGUUUUGGAAAGUUAGAGAGUCAAAUAGGCUUGCAUUUCAUUUUUUUUUCACAAAUUACGUUGCAUUUGAGACCGUAUGGUAGCCCAGGAAUAAGAAUUACCCCCAUGAUGGCAUACAAUUUUAAAAAGUAGACAACUCAAGGUAUUGCAAAUGGGGUGUGUCCAGUCAUUUUUAGUAGCCACUUAGUCACAAACACUGGCCAAAUAUAUAUAUAUUUAUUUAUUUAUUUUUAAACACAAACAAAUAUGAACCCUAACUUUGGCCAGUGUUUGUGACUAAGUGGCUACUAUAAAAGACUGGACAUACCCCACUUGCAAUACCUUGGGUUGUCUACUUUUGCAAAUGGUAUGCCAUUGUGGGGGUAAAUCUCAUUCCUGGGUUACCACACUGUCUCAAAGGCAACAUAUAACCAACCUGGCGAAUUUCAAUUUGAAAAAACUGAAAAAUGCAAUGUGCCAUAUUUGACCCUUUAAAUUUCCAAAACACUGUAAAACUGUUAAUGGGGGGUACUGUUGUACUUGUGAAACUUUGCUGAAUCCAAAUAUGUGUUUUUUGGGUUUUUUUGCAGUUAAAGCUAACGGCAUUAUGACAUUUACAGCUAAAAUGUCCACAAAUUUGUUUUUAAAUCUUAAUUUCUCAGUUUUUAUUUUAUUCAUCAUAAAUUGUUUCAAAUAUGAAUAGUUCAUGAGAAAUUAAAGCCCACUUUCUUCUGAACAAAAUGAGAUGUGUGUGUGUCUAUAUAUGUAUGUGUGAAAAUGUAUUCAUACUUACCGUAAUUUUCUUUUCCUGGUAAUAGGCCAUGGCAGCACAAGAUUGGGUAGCUCCUCCCUAUCCCCAUUGGACAGGAAUAAUAAUUAAGCCGUAUAAGUACCACCUCCUACCCCUCCUUCCCCAGUCAUGUUUUACAGCAAUGGCCCCGGGUGGGACCCUUGUGCUGCCAUGGCCUAUGACCAGGAAAAGAAAAUUACGGUAAGUAUGAAUAAAUUUUCCAUUUUCCUGGCCAUAUCCAUGGCAGCACAACAUUGGGUAAUACCCAAGCAAUAAACCAGGGAGGGAAGAAGACACAGACUCGAAAAUUUGAAUGCACAGUGUAUUAACAUCAUUAACAAGUGAUAAACAAAGAAAUCGUGUAUCGGAUACAGACAGAACUGAUUUAGCAAAUUGAUCUGAUAGACCUGCUCUGACAUAAAUUUGAUAACUUCUAAUGAAGGUAUUGGUGGAAGACCAUGUGGCCGCCUUACAAAUGAGUUCAGGAAUUAGCCGCGGCUGCCCAGGAAGAUGAGAGGGCCCUAGUGGAAUGGGCUUUAAGACCCACAGGGACCGGAUAUCCAGAAGAUUGAUAAGCCAGUAUAAUGGCUGCCACUAUCCACCUGCUAAUGGUAGAUUUAGGGGCUUGUAAGCCUUUUUUUACUACCGCUAUGAAGGACCAAGAGACUUUGAGAAGUGCGCCAAGCAGCAGAUCUUUCAAUAUAUAUAUGAAGGCAUCUCACUAGGUCCAGAGAUGACAGGUCAGUAGAAUUCUUGCUUUCUUGGCAUUCAGAUGGAAGAACAAUAUCUUCGUUGAUGUGAAAGGCAGAGGUGACUUUAGGUCUAAAUUCAGGAACAGUACGGAGGAUAACUCUAUCCUUGUGAAAGACCGUAAAGGGUUCUUUAAUGGAUAGGGCGUGGAGCUCCGAAACUCUCCUGCCGGAAGCUAGGGCGAUCAGCAAAGCUGUCUUGAUAGACAGAACAUGUAGAGGAACUGAUUCAAGGGGUUCAAAGGGCUCCAAUUUUAAGGCGUUCAGAACCAAAGGGAGAAUCCAGGAGGGAACAAAUGGCUUAAUUGGAGAUUUAAUUUUAAGGACUCCUUUAAUGAAUCUAAUAACAUCCGAGUCCAAUGCCCAUCUAUGAUUGGUUAAGGCGGACAAAGCUGAGACGUGUACUUUUAGAGUAUUAUAACUCAGACCUUUAGAAGGUCCAGACUGCAGGAACUCCAAAAUAUCCGUGGAAGAGGGAUUCUGCUGAUCAAUGUUUUUAGGAAGAGCCCAGGCGGAAAAAAUUUCCCACACCCUAUAAUAGGUGGCUGAAGUGGAAUGCUUACCUGCCUUCAGCAUAGUUUCUAUUACGCCCUGGGAGAAUCCUUUGUUCACAAGCCUGUUUCUUUCAGUCUCCAUGCCAUGAGCUUGAGUGAGACCGGAUUUGGAUGCAACACUAGACCCUGGAACAGUAGAUCCGGAGUUCUGGGGAGUGGGAGAGGAGGUUCCACUGAAAGACUUUGUAGCAGGGGAAACAAAGGCCUUCGAGGCCAAUAGGGCGCUAUCAGGAUGACAGAUACCCGCUCUGUUCUAAUCCUCCUCAGGAUUGGGAAGAUCAGUGGAAAUGGAGGGAACGCAUACCCUAUUUUGAAUCUCCAGGGACUGGAUAAAGCGUCGCUUCCCAGUGCCAGACGGUCUUCCUCUUUCGUGAAGUAGUCCUUCACCUUCCUGUUGACACUAGUAGCUAGUAGGUCUAUUUGAGGGAGACCCGACUUGUCUACAAUCGUGCGGAAUACUCUGUCAGGCACCAUUCUCCUGGGUCUAUCCUGGAUCUGCUGAGGAAAUCUGCCAAUUGAUUCCGUUUCCCUGGUAGAUGGAUGGCUGUAAGGCCUGCAAACUUCCUCUUAUCCCACCACAUCAGUCAUUUCAUAAUCAUCAUCUUGCCACUCCUGGUGCCUCCUUGGUGAUUGAUAUAGGAUACCAUGGUGGUGUUGUCUGUUCUUAUCUUGACCCUUGAGAUGUACCGAGAAGUGCUUCAGUGCUUUGAGGACUGCCAGAAGUUCUAGCAGAUUGGAAUGCACAUUGUUGGCCAUGAAACGCCAUUCUUCCUGUGCAAAGUCAUGGAGACAAGGGGCGCUCCAUCCCCAUUGGCUGGCAUCUGUUGUCACUGCUAUCCAUGUGAUGUCUCCUAGCGGAAAACACCUGGAAAGGUGUUCUUUGUUCAGCCACCAGAUCAGAGAAUGGUGUACGGCCCGGGAUAACUUGAUGGGUUGAAGCAGAUUCUUGGAGGAAAAAUUGCAUCAGGAAAUUGGCUUGAAAUGGUCUCAUCCUCCAUUGUGCCCAUCUGGUCAGUCCUAUCGUGGAGGACAUAGAUCCGAGGAGGCUCAUUACCGCCUUUGCAGGAGCCAUACUGGACUUUAACAUCUUUCUCAAUUGUAUCCUGAGUUUCAAUAUUCUUGCCAUUGAAAGUUGGACACUACCCAUCAGAGUGUCGAAGUGAGCACCUAAAUAAAUCAUAGAUUGAGUUUGGUGGAGGUGGCUCUUCUUGGUGGUGAUCCUCCUGAGGAUUAUUUUCGUUUAGAAGAUGUGAGAGUAAAACCCCUGAGCUCUGUUGUCUGCUGGCACGGUUAUGAUGACCUUCUCUGCUUGUAAGGAUAGAAUGAAGUUUUGUAGAGCCAUACGCUUCUUUGUCCCCUGGCCACCUUGUGAGAUGAAAGGACCUGUUGGGAGGAUGCUUGAAGAAUUCUAGAAGGUAUCCUCUCCGAAUAAUAUCCAGCACCCAACUGUCGCUUGUGUAUUCUUCCCAUACGGGUAAAUAUUGAAGAAGACAAGCCCCGACCCCUUCGGACUUGGGAAUUAUAUAGUCAUAAAUUCCUAGGGUUCUUGGAGGAAGAAGCACCUCGUGACUUGCCUCCUCUUCCUCCAGAUUGGGCUCCUCUCCCUGGUUGAAAUCUGGAAUAUUCUCUACCAGGCUUGUAAGAUUUACGAUCUUGAAAGGAAUGAUACUCUUUUCGGAUACUCUUUUAAGGACCCUUUUAUAUUUCCUCUCUUGAGGUAGAAAGGUGGAGACUCGUGCCUGAGGCUACAUAGGACUUGGAAAGCUAGUACUCCAUUUUACGAUCCAUCGGAUCCCUGAAGGAACCUGCAUCGUCCACAGGUAGGGUGGUAUGUUUGGCUAACCUGACAACUGCAGCAUCAACCUUGGGUGCAAAAUCCCAUGCCUCAGCAUCUUUGGGCUCGAAUGGGUAUAACCUGGAGAAUUUUUUCCUUUGGCAGAUGAUCUAUCAGAUCUGGACCAUUCCUCCUUAAUAAGAUCACUGAUUGUGUCAUGCACCGGGAAAUCAGUUUUUUUUUUUUUUCUCCUAAGUUCAGAGAAAUAGCGAUUUUUAGAUGUAGAGGGUUCCUUUAAAGUGAGGGUUUCUCUAACCCGGGCAAUGAAAUGAUCCACUUCCGCUGGUACCAGGAAGUCUGGAUCUGGCAUAGCAUCCUCCUCCGAGGAAAAAGCUAGGUCUCUCAGCGAGAGCUGAAUCCAUAAACUCAUCUUCUGAGUUUCCUGGAGAAAAAUCUGAGGGCUCAGAAUAUCUAGGUCGCUUGUGGGUCUUUUCAACCUCUGAUUCCCUGGGCAACUGCAUGCUUUAUAAGUUGCAUAAUGUCUGGUGUUGGAUGAGAAGGUCCUGCAGCUGCUGAGAGACAAUCUGAACAGAGACGUUUCCCUUCUAUGGCUCUGUUGUCACAGGAUAUGCAUAGCGUCCUUUUGGGCGACUUCCCUUUGGACGAUCCUAAAGUCUUUGUCCUUUUAGCACUACAAUACACAAGAUGUGCUUUUGAGUACAUUCCCACUUUUUUUUUUAUUUUUUUAUUAUAAAUUUAUUUUUAGAAAAAGAUGGCUUUACCUAUAUUGCUUGGAUUGGGACCUAUUAUGAGAUGAAUCAGAUUCCAUGGAUCUUGAACAAGAAUCCAUCUGGAAAUAAUUGAUGGAACAGAUGAACUUAAACCAAGAAGAGGUAAGGAUAAAAAAAAGGAAAUAAUGUGGAAAAAACUUACUUUUGUCCCAGAAAAGAAAGGAACCUGGAAAAGGUGAAGAACCUACAGGUCCGUCAAAGCUCUAUGGUACAAGAAUACUUCUUCUGUAUGGAAUAAUCAGCUUUGUAAGAAAAAUGUGGUUUGGCGCUUUAAAAAGGCGUCUGACGUCACUGCGCAUGCGCAAAGAACCAAAAAACCGCGCAAACGGCUUAAAAUGGUUUAAUUUAUACGAACGGUUUUAGCAUGCGGGCGCCCGGGAAACUCACGAACGCCGCGCGGGCACCCUGAGGACUCUGCAGCCAGAAAGAUGGGAAAGCAAACAACUUACCGGCUAAAUGCUCCUGGCGGUAAGUUUAAAUCCAUAUCAGCCUCAUACAUCAUUUCUAGUGGGAAGAUUCUAAACACAUAACCAGUUCAAUAAGUAAUGUAAUUGGUCCUUUACUUGCUACCCCUGAGGUCAUUGCAAGAUAGUGGAAAGGAAAAACUCCCGGUCACUAAAGGGGGUUUUCUCCAGGGGGCACCUUUGCGCAGGGCUGUAUACUGGAGACUUCCCAGGGGAGAGAGGGUGAACUCCCCAGGGGCUGGAGGAACUAAUCCUCAGGUAAGCCAUGAAACGGUUCACCUGGCACCCCGACUGGGUACCUCCGUUAAAGGAUGCUCCUAGCACUUCCUGAGGACUCCAAGCACUGCAGCAGACACCAAAACCACCGAACCGUAGGAGCAUAUGAAUGCUCUCAAGCAUAUGAAUGCUAUAAACAGCUGAAUAGGCAAAAACCAUACGGAUGGGUUUAGACUCCUAGCAGUCAAACUGGAACAGCAUACAAUAAAUCCUUCCCCCAAUAAUGAGACGACACUUCACUUUGAGGGUUAAAACAGGAACUCUCUGUAAUGGCCACACACUGGCUUUUGUGCAAGUCCCCAUGCAAGGGGACAUCCCACAGGGUGGGGCACAGUACAACCAAUCGUUACAGGGGAACCAUAAAACACACCCACAUUUACAUCACAAUCCCUCCUCUCUGUCCAGGAGAUAACUGUGAAGUAAUCCAAUUAUCUCCCAGGACAGAGGCAAGACUGCAUUAACCACAUGGCAGUAACAAUACAAUAAAAGACAUAAAAUUACAUACAGUUACAUUUAUUCCAUAAAACAUAGACAUUCUACAUAUCCCCAGAUAGCUUAGAUCUGAGUGCACAUUACUACCGAAUGGCGCUCAGAUCACAUACAGUUCAAUCGCCAUGGAGCCAAAGUUUUUCAUACAGUCUUUCAGUAUACGGCUGGGCUCCAUGGCAUAGCUAUCUGGGGUAGCAUGGCUUUAACAGUCUACAGAAAGGCAUGAAUACGCUUUGCAGGGAAAAUAAAAGGUUUUAACUGCCGGGCCAUAGUCUAAAGGGAGCAGGCGAGCAACCAGGCUCCUCCAGUGUACAGUGGCGAGGCUGGUUUCGCCACAAGCCAUAAAAGAAAAUUUCACGGUCCUAAAGACCAACAUGUCCUAGGGAUAGGACAGGGAAAAAAAGACUGGGGAAGGAGGGGUAGGAGGUGGUACUUAUACGGCUUAAUUAUUAUUCCUGUCCAAUGGGGAUAGGGAGGAGCUACCCAAUGUUGUGCUGCCAUGGAUAUUGCCAGAAAAUAAAUAAAAAAAAUUAUAUUAUAUAUAUAUAUAUAUAUAUAUAUAUAUAUAUAUAUAUAUAUAUAAUAAUAUGGUUGCACUUAAUAUGAAAGAGGUGAAUUACGGUUGAAUAGACAUAUAUAGCGCAAAUACCAGUUUUUGUUUACACUUUGUUUUGAUCAGAACGUGUAGUCUAUUGACUCUGUCCUGAAGGGGUUAAUAUAGUCUGUCCUGAAACUGUUGUUUCAGAGAAAAGGCAGUGUUUACAUUACAGCCUAGGAACCCUUCUAGUGGCCACUCCUCAGACUGCUGCUAGAGGUGCUUCCUAGGUCACUACUGCACAGUGCUGACUAGGCCUGGUUACGAGUUGGCGUCCCUUAAUUCUAUAGUGCUCCUGCAUCAUUACACUGUUUGUAUAGGCAAGUGAAUAGGAAAGCUGUAAUACACUCUGGAUGCCUAGAAUGGUCCUUUAAGGAGUGAACAGGGGUGGGUGUUAUAAUAGUUUAUCACUCAGUCCAGUGGAAUAGUAACACUUUAAUGGAGGUAAGUAAUUUAACUCUCGGUUAAUCAUCAUUGCAUUAUAAAAAUGUUAUCUAUAUGGUAAAUAUUAAGGGCGUUUGGUUUCAGCUCAAGUGAACCUAUCAUGAGAUUACAGAUGUUUGGUUUUCACUUUUAUCUGAAAGUGCAGUAAGCUUUGCUAUAUUUUUUUUCUUUUCUUUUUAUUCCCACCACUUCUACUAUAUCUUCCAUAGUUGAGAAAUUACAGUGUACAAGCAUGUCUUUGUGUGUCAAUUCAUCCAAUGCUGAUACUAUAAAAAUUUAAUAAAUGUUUGUAAUUUAAUGAGCCUCUUUCUGACUAAGCCUCUCACCUCCCUGGUAGCUUGUGCACCACCCUGUCUCUGCAGUGGGAGCCUGAGAUUAUAGCUGUGGCUGUCAUGUACCUGGCUGGACGCUUGUGCAAGUUUGAAAUUCAGGAGUGGACCUCAAAGCCUAUGUACAGAAGGUGGUGGGAACAGUUUGUCCAGGAUGUUCCUGUUGAUGUACUUGAAGGUAAAUUGCAUAUUCCACUUCACUUGAAGUAAGGAGGAAGCCUCAUAAUGACAAUGGUGAGCCUAGAGUACUCAUGAGCUUCUGUGCAAAGGACAUGAGGGCACCAGUUUAGAUUUCACUUUGGGAAAAUGGUUAUUUACAGUAAGAAUUAAAAUGUGGAUUUCUGUUCCUGAAAUUUUUUUUUAUUUUUUUUUUAAAUACAAUUAAAAGACCACUCUAGGCACCCAGACCACUUCAACUUAAUGAAGUGGUCUGGGUGCCAGGUCCAGCUAGGGUUAACCCAUUUUUUUUUUUAUAAACAUAGCAGUUUCAGAGAAACUGCUAUGUUUAUGUUAGGGUUAAUCCAGCCUUCAAAUCCUCUAGUGGCUGUCUCAUUGACAGCCGCUAGAGGCGCUUGCGUGAUUCUCACUGUGAAAAUCACAGUGAGAACACGCAAGCGUCCAUAGGAAAGCAUUGUAAAUGCUUUCCUAUGAGACUGGCUGAAUGCACGCGCAGCUCCUGCUGCGCGUGCGCAUUUUGCCGAAGGGGAGAAGGAGAGCUCCCCGCCCGGCGCUGGAAAAAAGGUACGUUUUAACCCUUUCAUCUCCCCAGAGCCGGGCGGGAGGGGGCACCCUCAGGGCACUAUAGUGGUCCUUUAAGUACAGGUUUUCCUAAAAGUACAAUCUAGAUCAGGCUUCUCCCUCCCCCCCACCCCCAGAUGUUGCUAAACUACAACUCCCAUGAUUCUAUGAAUGAAAUAAGCGGAGAAUCAUGGGAGUUGCAGUUCAGCAACAUCUGGAGGGCCGGAUUUUGGGGAAGCCUGCUGUAGAUGCUAUAAUCACUUCAUCUCAUUGGAAACUGCUUACGUUGCCUGGAAUUUGCUGGCCCCAUAAGUUUUUUGCACAGUUAGCAAAGUAAUUAGCAGCGAAUGAGUCACUAGCCACCUGUAGAACAUCCCUAAUGAUUUUUUUUUAUUUUAUUUUUUUAAAUGUUUAAAAAAUAAAAAGUGCAAUAUUGACUGGAGUAGUGGUAUCGAGGGAUUCCAGACACUAUAACCAUUCAUUGAGAUGAAGUGUCUAGAGUGCCUUAUUUCAAAUGUGCAGGUUUUUUUUUGUAAAUAGAAUAUUCAAGUAUAUCCUAUAUGUGGGGUUACAACUUUUUGAACCAAACCAAAAAAGUAUUACUGGCACAAUACCCAAACAAGGAAAUUGAUAUGGUGAAAUGUGACACCUCAAGUGUGUACAAACAUAUGAAACUACAAGCAUACCUCUGAAUGGAUCAAAUUCUCACAAGUAGCAUGUAAGAAGAGAACACUAAACUUUUCAUUUCUUUUGUGUGAUUAAAUAAAACGCUAUAUUUGCAUUUUACAAACCGGUGGAAAUUCACAUAUAAAGUUACCCAAAUAAAAAGGUCUAAAAUCGCUUUGUCCUUUAGGGGCCACUUGUCUCCUGAACCUGGUCCAGAAGAAUUGUCUUGAACCUGAGACUUCUAAGUAGAAAGGACUAGAUAAUAUGUUGGAGCAAGUCUAAGCAUGGCGUUCUUUGUGUCUAUCCAAUAUAAUGUGUGGUAAAGGGAUAAGCAAAGUUCACUUGACGUGUUUUUGUCUAUGAAGACUCUAAGAGCUCUUGCAGUUGGUCUGUGAUGCAAUUUGUGUUCCCCAUACAGCAUGUUUCAGUGUUUGGGUUUUUGUUUUUUUAAACACUAUUUCAGACGUGCUCAGUAGGUGCCAUUGGUUGGGUGUUUAAUCCAAGCAGCAUUCUGCCAGGUGUAGCGGUGAGGCAGUAAUAUACUUGCAUUACUCGUGGUGACACGGUCAAAAGGGCCUUGUUCAAAACAAAAUUUUUGAUUUUUUUUUUUUCAGUAUGACAUUAAAAACUUCUUACAUGGUGGCGCAAUCAAAGUGUGUCAUUGUGAUAUUAGUAUAGCACAUACAUUUAACUGAACAUGAAGCUGUUAAAAAGAUAGAAAUUGAGUUCAGUUGAAUACGCACGCUCAUUAAAAAUUUUUUUUUUAUUUUUUUUUUUUUAGACAUAUGUCACCAAAUUCUUGACCUGUACUCACAAGGCAAACAGCAAAUGCCACACCAUGGAGCCCAGCAGACCUCUCCACAGGUCCAGGCACAGAUUGCCUCUGUGCAGCCUCAGCCAUCACAAAAUACAGACUCUCCGGCAACUCAACAGAAAGAUGUGACACAGACCGCAACGCCGCAACCCAAGAAGCCUUCUCCUCAAUCAAGCCCUCCCAAAUCAGCCAAAAGACCCCUGGUGGGUUUUGAUUGUUCCAUUUGGUUUUAUUAAAGUAAUUCUGAGUCUGUCACUGCAGGUUUCCAACACUGCAUAGAUGGUACUUCUAGGCUCUGGCUUUUUUUUUCUGACUAAUAAAUGUUUGCAGUGAUAUUUGGUAUAGCAUGGUGCAAGGUGAGCUUGCUGGAGCUUUUUCACUUUGCAAGAAAAGCCUUUAAUACGUUUUGAAAAUUACUCUUGUGUGUCCGGGUAUAUUUUUUUUAAAUUUUCAGAGCACGCAUAUCUAUUUUUUAUUUGCUAACACACAAAAACUUGUCUCCCCAUUAAUAUGAACAUAUGCAUUGAAAAACUAUCAGUUUUUGCAAUUAGCUGGCCACCUUCUCAUUUUAGAGCCUUCUAUGUUUAGGCUGUCAAGGAGGCAAAGUGAAAAGUGACAUUCAGCAUUUGAGUUGCUUAUAGUCUGUGUUUAGACUCAAUGUAACAGGCUGAGCUUGUGAUCUCUUGCACAAUGCAGACUGAAAGAGUAACUCGUUUUGUAAGUUUGAGCUUUAUUAAAUUUGAGACCUUGGGAAACAGUUUAACAGUGAUCACUCUUACAUUGAUCAAAUCCUGCUGCUGGAAACUGCUGCAAUUAUUUCUUUAGCCCCCAUGUUUCUAACAUUUGAAAUCUGACUGACAAAAAAGUAAAGCAGAAUACCGCAAAGCUAUGACUAUAGUGGAUUUGGAGAAUGUUUCCAAAUCUGCUAUUUUAGCCUCUGUUCUGUAUUCAUUCUGCUACUAUUUAGAGAUUUGUGAUUGUCCUCCUGCAACAGUUGCUGUAAGCUGGGCGUAGGCAACCUUAACACUCCAGAUGUUGUGAGCUAUAUUUCCCCUGAUGCUUUACUAGCAUUAUGGCUUUUAGAGCAUUAUGGGAGAUGUAGUUCACAACAUCUGGAGUGCCGAUGGUUUCCUGCCCUAAGCAAACACUAGCCGUGCUUGACAGAGUUUAGUAACAAUGGCACAAACAGAGUUAAUCACUAAUGCAUUAAUUGAUGGGAAUUAAAAUUGUUAGGCCAAAUUGUAAACUUUAUACUUGAAAUGCACUUUAAAUUCCCAGCAGUUCACACUUUGAAUAACCCCAUUUGGGUCACCAAUAAGGAGGCUUACAGUGAUACCUGUGCUCUGAUUAUUCUUGGAAGUGCAAGCAUCACCAUAGUGAUUGUCCUCACUCUUUUGAGAGCACUGUUCAAGGUCUGAAUUGUGUCCAUUCUAACUGGGAGUUGUGGUGACCAGUUGGAAGGGAUGCUGAUGUUACAUUUAGAGCACCAGUACUUAUGCACUGAUGGUCUCCACACUUCUUUGAGGGUGAUCCUGUUUCGUUUGUUUAGUUCAUGUGCUGCUAUAAGUGGCAGCAGGGACAUCACUCUCUCUGCAAAGCAUUAUCAGAUCUAUGGCAAAAAAAAGCAAUUGUGCAGCAUUUGCGGGUGGAUCUGCCUCUCUGUAUCUGCCUAUCUGUAUCUGCAUCCAAACCAUGCCGGCAGUUACGUUUCUUACAUUGUAACUAUAAUGUGAUUUUUCCACAUUCUUCCUGAUAAAGCACAUGCACACAUUAAAUUAACCAAGGGUUUUGCUUAUUAUGGGAGAGAUUGGCUGCUUUAGGAAAUUAACUUGGGAAACAAUUUUAAUCCCAUGGCUAACCUGUCCACGUAAUCUGUGACUUUUUUGUGUUACUUGCCAUACAAGUGUCACUACAUCAUAUCUGUUUUUGUAUUUCAGCCGUCUUCUCCAAAAGAAGAGGUGAAGACAAUUGGUAAGUACAUUUUGUUAAAAUAGGUUAAACACUGCAUUGCAUUUUUUAAAACUAUUUAGUAGAUACACCCCAAAAAACUACUAGGGGCAUCUAAGAGUGUUGAUGGCAGGAAUUACAGUUAAAGGGACACUAUAGGCACCCAGACCAAUUCAGCUCAUUGAAGUGGGUCUGGGUGCAUGAGCCCUUAACCCUGAAAAGGUAAUUAUUACAGUUUUAAAUAAACUGAUUAUUACCUUUUGAGAAUAACUCCAUCUCUAGUGGCUGUCUAGAGGGACUUUUGGUCGCCUAACUGACGCUGGACGUCUUCAUGCUAUGCAUUGGGACAUCCAUAGUCACCCAAAACCCUAUGAAAGCAUUAUACAAGCUUUCCUAUGGGGAAAAUCACCAAUGCCAACACGGCAAUUGCCACACAUGCACAUUAGGUCUCCUUUGCUGCCUGAUGUUGGCUGGGGAGAGGCAGAGGCGGAACUCAAACCAGCGCCAAGUGACAUUGCGCUGGAUUUAGGUAAAUGUCAGAGGGCUUGUGGGUUUUAUUUCCCAAAAAAUACAACCAAUAUUUCUCACCUUGUUUGUGGUGCUGAUACCAUUGUUGCAGCCACCCACUUUCCUGUCUGCUUCAUCAGCAAGCAUGCUGGCAUCUUCUCAUCCAAUCUUCUGUAUAAGAAGCAUUGGAGAUGAGAAGUGCACGCAGAGUAAAACACCACGGAAGCCCACAACUAGAGAUAUGUAUAGAGCGUCAAUGAAAACAUUGCCAUCUCUACAUUACAUUGCAGAACUAAAACUAUCGGAACACUACACACAGACAACUUAAUCUCAAUGAAGUGGUCUGAAUGCCUAUAGUAGUACUUUGUACUAAUCAACAUAGGACAGUUGUACCCUGUUUCCUCAAAAAUAAGCCCUAGCUUAUUUUUUUCAGGGGAUGGUCACAAUAUAGUCCCUAGUUCACUAAUCUAUGUUCGGGGAAAAUUCCCCUAACAGAUUCCUGGGUUUCUAUUUGUGAGUAAGCUAAUCUAUGUUCAGGAAAGUUUCCCCGAACAUAGAACAAUUCUCUAGGGCAUGGAAUUCCGUGAAUCUAUGUUCGGGGGAAAUUCCCCUGAAUGUAGACCUGCUUUCUAGCACAUGCUUGCAACAGUUUCCCCAAAAAAUAAGCCCUAGUAUGUUUUUCGGGGAAAGGGGAUGUGGGGAUUUGUAUAAGAUUUAUUUUCAGGGGAAGGACGUUAGUUAAAUAGCACAACCGUUCUGCUGCCCUUGCUCUUCAUGAAUGCUAAAGUGGGAUUGACCAUGAAGUGGUUUAAGGAACACGAUAGGGUCAGGAAUACAAACAAGUAUUUCUCACCCUAUCAGCAUCUCCUCCUAGAGAUGCAUUGAAAUGGUGCCUCUAGCAGGGCUGCCACCAGAAAUUUUGGGGCCCCUAACUGAGCUCAGGGUCUGGGCCUCCAAAACUGCCCACAGAGACCGCCUCCAAAUCCUGCCCACAGGAAUACACACACACAGAGACACACAUUAACUGAUACAAGAGGACACAGAUACACACAUACUGAAACGCAUAUAGGCAUACACACAUAUAGACACACACAUGCAUAAGGACAUACAGACACAUUCAUAAUGACAGAUCCAGACAGACCUACCUACCUCAUUUUCCAGCUGCCCUCCUGUCUCUUACCUUUUCUUUGCAGGAGGGUGGCUGGGGCUGAUGGGACUGGGAGUCGGCUGGCUCUCCCUCUUCACUGCCGGGUGAGGGGGGAGGAAGUGACCACUUCCUCCAAGCAGCACUUGCCUGCGGCAGCAUUUAUUAUUUUUUUUUAAAGGAGCCCAGUCGCGCUAUACCACGGCUGCAGCCCUGACUGGGCCCCUGCAGAUAAAGGGCCCAUAGUGCGUGGGCCACCCGAUGGGCCUCAUCAGCAUGCGGGCGCCGGUGCAACUGUACAAUUCUGCCGCUACACGUGGGGCCCGGGCUGCCCAGGCCCGUGACAACCAUUAUGGUUGUCACCCCCUGAUGGCAGCCCUGGCCUCUAGUAUCACUUGAAUCAAUGCAUCUAUAUAUGGAGGCACUGAACAUUCUCCAUAAAGUUCCGUGUAAACACUGCCUUUUUAUUUAAAUAGACAACUGUAUACAUGAAAAUGCCUGCAAGGGACAGGCUAUAGCCUCCAAAACAACUACAUUAAGCUGUAGUUGUUCUGGUGAUUUAUAUGACAAGUUUAUGUGAAGGCUCCUCUUGUAUACUGCUGUAAGAGUUCUGUUUUGAGGAAAAGUAAACUUCCUUCUGUAUAUUUCAAUCUUCAGAACAACCAUCCAAACUGCCAAAGAUGGACCCUUCUCAUCCACCCUUACCCCCAGUCCCACCCCCACCAGGUGAGUGAGUUUAAAAGAAAUAAUUAUAAUUGGCAUAUCAUUAGUUAAUUGCUGACUGCUAAGAUUAAUUCCAAGCAAUUUUUUGAUGCAAUUUUCUUUUCAGAGAGAAAGCCUCUGGUUCCACCAAUUGCUGCUAGUGAUGGGGAGACAAGUGUUUCAGAGUCUACUGAUUUGACAAAGAUCCAGAUUCCUCCUCCUGCACAUCCUGCUCCUGUCCAUCAACCUCCUCCGUUACCGCAUCGGCCUCCACCUCCUUCCAGCUAUAUAACUGGGAUGUCUACCACCAAUUCAUACAUGUCUGGAGAAGGGUUUCAGAGUUUACAGUCCAUGAUGAAGACUGAAGGGCCAUCCUAUGGGAACUUGCCACCAGCCUAUGGUCCUCCAGCUCAUAUUCCUUAUCAUCCUCAUGUUUAUCCACCAAAUCCCCCACCCUCAGUUCCCCCACCGCCUUCAACAUUCCCCCCACCAAACAUCCCACCACCUGCACCUGUAUACCCCCCGCCUCCUACUUACAAUCCUAACUUCCCGCCUCCACGAUUGCCCCCAAGUCACCCUCCUCCAGGUAUUGGAAUACCACCAAGCACUUACCCUCCUCCAGCAGUGCCACCAGGUGGGCAGCCUCCAGUUCCCCCACCAAUCCCACCUCCUGGCAUGCCACCAGUCGCUGGAUUAGGUCGUGCUGCCUGGAUGAGAUAGCAUGGUUUACUGGAUCAAUCUGAUGAACAAGAAUUUGAACUGAAAAGGAGAUGAUAAACACUGUUUAAAAUAAUGUUGCAAAGGGUCAGAGUUCAUGGUCUUUAAAAUCUAUAGAUUAAGAAGUUCUAUACUUUUGAAAGUGGUACACCACAAGUUGUAUGUGUAGAAGAUCAGAACGCGUUUCAGCUCAGUGGGAAUGAAAGUUUAAAAAAAAAAAAAGCUUGUUGGGGACACAGGAUGGCAUUUGGAGCUGGGUGGGAAGAAACUGUUCCAGAAUAUUUGGUGGCUGGGGAUCAAGCUGGAUUUCUGUUAUAACAAUAUGUGCAAAAUGUACUGGCAUUUGCUAUCCUUUCUCUCCCGGGUUAGCUUGGUUUACAACAAAAUCCCAAUUGAUUUCUGCUUUCUAUUGAGAACAGGCAAAAGGCCAUAUUGGCUAAAAGACCUAUUUAACAUGCUCUGUAAUGUUGACAAUUUUCAUGGCCAGUCAUAUUUAAAAAUAAAAAAAACAAAUGUACUGGCCCAUUUUUUUUUUUUUUUCUCUAAUUGCAGUUUUAUUACCGCCUGUAUAUAAUGUUUUUCUAAAAUGUAAAUUGUCUUAAUGUGACACUGGUUGAUGUGGAAGGUUGCAAAAUCUGAAUAAAACCUUUACAAACAGA